AUAACUAAACCUUGUUCUAUAUGUGGUAAAUACGUACUUCUGAUCAUGUGCUUAGCUAGGCAACGUCGCCAUGACAUCACCUACCAGUGUGAACGGCGAUUUCAAUUGGAGAGCCGUUUCUGUCAAUCAUACUGUACUGACUUUGUCUACUCCUUGCGGGCUGCGUCAUACUGCUGCAAUGUUGACGGUCUCGAUUAAUAUUAUCGAGCAUAGAAAUAGAACGCAUAGAACGCCCCGCACACCAUCGUUGUUUCAACCAGGGAGUUCGACACAACAAGAGAGAGAAGUAGAGCCACCCAAAUAACAUCAGAGGAAUAAAGCGACCGAAGAGAGGCUGCGAUAAACAUAGCUGUAUAUAGCUUAGCACGCAUGCUAACGUUGCCUUCUAGUUAGCUAGCUACGUCGCAACGGCCACGCAGAGAACAACAUCAGAAGGCGAUAGUUAGAAGACAGGGCUUACAACUGUAUUUCAAUGGUAUUUUUACAUAAAAUCAGGUUCGAGCAUUAUGUCCUGCUCUGGUAACCUGGUUUGGGAUGUUAACAAGCGUUCCAUUGGAUAUAAUGACCCGAAUGCUGUCAGGAUCAACUACUUAGGGAGAAGAGAAUUUGUCCAGCGGCUGAAACUCGAAGCGACACUCAAUGUUCACGAUGGCUGUGUCAAUACUAUAUCCUGGAACGAUACCGGGGAGUACAUCUUGUCAGGGUCGGACGAUACCAACCUGGUCAUCACAAACCCAUACAACAGAAAGGUCAAGGCAACCAUACGGUCGGGUCACCGGGCGAACAUCUUCAGUGCUAAGUUCAUGCCUCAGACCAGUGACCAGCAGAUCAUCUCGUGCUCUGGGGAUGGUAUCAUCUACUACACCCACACAGAGAAGAGCCCCGACAUCAACAGGCAGUGCCAGUUCACCUGCCACUACGGAACAGCCUACGAGAUUAUGACGGUACCCAACGACCCCUAUACGUUCCUGUCGUGUGGGGAGGACGGUACCGUGCGCUGGUUUGACCUGCGCACAAAGACCAGCUGUACUAAAGAGGACUGCAAAGAUGACAUCCUGAUCAACUGUCGGCGGGCGGCGACUUCUAUCUCCAUCAGUCCGCUGGUGCCCUAUUACCUGGCGGUGGGCUGCUCUGACAGCUCCGUACGCAUCUAUGACAGACGCAUGCUGGGCACCAGGGCUACGGGGAACUACAUGGGCCGUGGAACGACGGGCAUGUGUGUGCGCUUCGUUCCGGCCCACCUGUCCAACAAGUCGUGUCGUGUGACUUCACUCUGCUACAGCGGGGACGGACAGGAGGUGUUGGUCAGCUACUCUUCAGACUACGUCUACCUGUUUGACCCCAAUAAUGACCAGGCCCGAGAGCUGAAGGGUCCGUCCGAGGAGAGGAGGGAGGAGCUGCGGCAACCCCCAGUGAAGCGUCUUCGUUUACGAGGUGACUGGUCUGACACCGGUCCACGAGCUCGUCCUGAGAGCGAGAGAGAGCGGGACGGAGAGCAGAGUCCCAACGUGUCGCUGAUGCAGAGAAUGUCGGACAUGUUGUCCCGCUGGUUUGAGGAGGCAAGCGAGGCCCAGGGCAGCCGGGGGACCACGCGCCCUCAGACACGCCCUAUAGGCACUCUUCCUCGCAUAGAGGGGGCCCCCACCAUCCCAACACUCCCUACCAUACCCCCUCCACAAGCUGCCAGAGCCCUAGAGGACUCUGUGGAAAUGGAGGGCUCCGCCAUCAACCCUGUACCUGUACCCAUCUCCAAGUCCACCUCCUCCUCAGGGUCAUCGUCAACGGUUACAGCACAUCCUCCAUCAACCUCAUCCAUGGAAAGCUCGGUGCUUCCCUCAUGCGCCCUCACCUCCUCCCCAGAUUCAGAGCAGAGGAGUCAGGCAGACACGGCUGUGACCUCCACGCCAACACCCACACCCACCGCAGAGGCCUCACUGCCUGAGUACGGCCCUCAUCGGCUGCCAGUAAGUUUAGUGUGUAGGCGCUUGCAGCGGCUGCUCCUGUUGGCCGACCCCCCAGGACAGAGUCAAUCCUCUUCCUCCACUGCAGGCACUGAGAGCCAAUCACAGGGGGCUGUUGCUGCUGCCACCAAGAUGGCCCCCCCUACAGAUUCUCCCUCGUCUGUGGUUAACAAACAGCUGGGAUCCAUGACUCUGGAUGAGCAGCAGGGAGCAUCAGAAGCUGUGAGUGCUGGAGCGAGUUCGGUCAAAGUGAAAACUCUGUCUGCGUCUGCCAGUGUAACUGGCACCUCGUCUGGGUCCGGGGCACCCAGCAGCAGUACUGGACCUGGAGGUAGCCGAGCCAGCACGGCAGAACCCGUCCUGAGUCUACACUACAGCACUGAGGGAACCACCACCAGCACCAUCAAACUGGACUUCACCGACGAGUGGAGCCGCAGAGCUCCUAAUUCCAGGGGCAGCGGAGCCUCCAGUUCCAGGGGCAGCGGAGCCUCCAGUGGAGAGUCCAAACCGUCAGAGGCAGCAGGGGCCGCCCAGACCAGGGAAGGGCCCUUGGCAGAGAGCUCUGCCUCAGAGCAGGUGGCUGUGUCGGAGCCCUCCGGCCAGAGCAGGUCUGCUGCUUCCCACACAGACCCACUGUGUGAGGCUGGGGGUGCCUCCUUCUCCAGCACCCAGGGCUCCACGCAGGCCCAGGCCACCGCACAAGCCACCUCUGUGGGGGAUUGUGUGACUACCACACCCCUGGAGAGGAACCAGGGUGUGGGUGCGGAGGACACCACUGGGGGGUGCAGGAGAGAGGAGCCUGUGGGGGAGGAGGGGCAUGGGGGUCCAGGGGGGCAGGGGGUUCCAACGGGACCGGGAGGACAGGGUCAACCCUCCCGUAGCCACCAGGACUCAGACGACAGUGAUGACGAUCCAAUUCUUAUCCCCUCUGCGAGGUACAGAGGAGGACAGGGACAGAGAUCUAAUUUCAGAGGAUCAGCGGUAGGAGAUAGGAUGAUCAGACGCUCGGCUGCAGCCCGUAUCCAGGAACUGUUUCGUCGGAGGAAGGAGAGGAGAGAGAUGGAGGAGAGUGAGACCCAAAAUAUCAGGAGACCCUCAGUCAAAAUGGUCUACAAGGGCCACCGCAACUCCAGGACUAUGAUCAAGGAGUCGUGUUUCUGGGGGAACAACUUUGUGAUGAGUGGUUCAGACUGUGGCCACAUCUUCAUCUGGGACAGACACACGGGUGAGCACCUGAUGCUGCUGGAGGCCGACAAUCACGUAGUCAACUGUCUCCAGCCGCACCCCUACGACCCCAUUCUUGCCUCGUCAGGGAUCGACUACGACAUUAAGAUCUGGUCACCUCUGGAGGCGUCACCAUCCUUUAACAGAGUCCUAGCUGAUGAGGUGAUCACGCGUAAUGAGUUGAUGCUUGAGGAGACCAGGAACACCAUCACAGUCCCCGCCUCCUUCAUGCUGCGAAUGCUGGCCUCCCUUAAUCACAUAAGAACGGAUCGCUUGGAGGGUGACCGCUCAGAAGGUUCUGGACAGGAGAACGAGGAUGACCAGUAGCUGCCCAAACACCAUUUUAUUGGAAAAAGAAAACACCAUUUUUCUUUUGCUCUAAAAAGCACUUGAAGAUCUUGAGAUUUGUACAAGUAGAAUAUUUCUUUAUCUGAGCAUUAGUUACAUUUUUAGCUCUUCUUUUUUUAAGAUGACUUUCUUACUGGUGUGUCUGUAUGAGAACUGCAUUUGAGGAAAAAAAUGUCUGAAUGCAAGCGCAAAGCCAGACGUGUGUGUGUGUGUGUAUAUAUAUAUAUAUAUAUAUAUGUAUAUAUAUAUGUAUAUG